UGCUGCAGUGAACGGUAGCCGUGGAGAGACAGAGAUACAAACUGAGUGAGAAAGAGCCGAGGAAAAAAAGCAAGAAAAACAAGCAGACAAAAGAAGGACCAAGGAGCUAAAAGAAAAAAAAAGUCGACAAAAGCAGAUUAAGAAAACAAGCGACAGCUGCGCUACAGAGGAGGGACCUUACUGGGGACCUUACCGGAGACCAGCGCCAACGAAACUCGACUCCGGAGGCGGAAUAUAACGGUGACACUCCAGAGCUCAUCUGCCCUCCUGAGCAUUCAGCGAGACAGGCGGAUCUGUGUGCCCAACCAUGGCCUUCCCAUCAACCCCCUCUGCACUAUGGAGCAUCAGCUUAUUGACAGUACUAUUCACAGCUGCGGUUCACAGCAACAUUGUCAAUGGUAGGCACAUCUUUGACGACGACCCCUUGCAGCCUGUCACCUCAGAUGAGACAGUGUCCGUUGGGGGCACGGUGACAUUGACCUGCCGGGUGGCGCAGAGCGACAAUUCUUCACUGCAAUGGUCCAACACUGCACAGCAGACUCUGUACUUUGGCGAGAAGAGAGCGCUGAGAGAUAACCGCAUCCAACUGCACCGCUCCACACCUACGGAGCUUUCCAUCACCAUAGGUGACGUGCAGCUGUCUGACGAGGGCGAGUACACCUGCUCCAUCUUCACCAUGCCAGUCCGCACCGCCCGAGCUACUGUCACCGUGCUAGGUGUGCCCGGUAAACCUCAGAUCUCCGGCUUUGAGAAUCCAGUGCCGGAGGGAGAAACAGUCACCCUGACCUGCACCACUACCGGUAGCAAACCCCCUGCUAAGCUGCGCUGGUACAAAGGAGACCAAGAGGUUGAAGGUGAGAAAAGGCGACCAGACGUGGUGGAGUCCGUUCCAGACGACCCCACAUACAACGUGAGCAGCGAGCUCACCCUGGAAGUGAGCGCUAGCGACGACAACGUCCUCAUCACCUGCGCCGUGGACCACCCCUCUCUCGCCCCGGGGGACAAGAGGAGCGAGCAGGCUCUGAGGGUGUUGUAUUCCCCUAAUGUACAGAUCCAACCUGAGAGCGAUCUUCCAAGAGAGGGAGAGAAGUUUUAUCUUCGCUGUUUGGGCAACGGAAACCCUGAGCCUCUUAGCUACUUCUGGGAGAAGAAGGAUGGAGAGCUCCCCCCACUGGCCAAGUCCGAGGGUGCUUUCUUGUAUUUCUCCAUGCUCAACAAGUCAGACAACGGGGUGUACCUCUGCCAUGCUGACAACGGCAUUGGAAAAAACAAGGGGGAGUACACACUUCUGGUGCAAGAUGAGGCAAAGAACAUUUCAGACCCCACAGCCAUGUCGACGUCUUCAGGGGUGGACCACGCCGUGAUCGGAGGGGUGGUGGCCGUUAUCGUCUUCAUCCUGCUUUGCCUCCUUAUCGUCCUUGGCAGAUACCUCAUCAGACACAAAGGAACAUAUUUGACCCACGAGGCCAAGGGCUCAGAUGACGCCCCUGACGCAGACACAGCUAUCAUCAACGCAGAGGGAGGCCACUCUGGAGCAGAGGACAAGAAGGAGUACUUCAUCUAGACAAAGGACAGAGUGGUGGAGGAAAGGAAAAGGAGGCAUAGGAGAAGGAGGAGGAAGAGGAAAAGUUGGAGGACGUGGAAGUAGAAGAAAGAGGGAGGAGUGAAGGAAAAUAAACCUCCAUUUGUUUUCACAACACUUCAGUUCUUCACUCUGUUGGAAGGGUAGUGGGAGGGGAUGGGUGGGAAGGAACUGUGGGUGGGAUAAAGCGACAAGUUGAUGUUCAACUACUUUUGCAUUGAUACAGGGAAGUGAGAUUUUGCACUGACAUUUGGAUGAACUGAUGUUAAACACUCGAUACACAAACAUACAUACAUGAGUCAGUUUGGAGGGGAAUCUAUUUUCGCACAGACUUGAACGCUCGUAGAUGCUCAGAUUAACAAACAUGAGCUUCCUACUAACCUCUCAGUUCUUCUGAAACGUUAGCAUGUUGUCACACAUCCUUCUCUUUUUACCUGUCAGCGGAGCUAAAGAAAAAGCUAAAUUGUAAGUCAUAUCCUGACGUCUUCAAAUGACACAUCAUUUCUUCAAUCUCCCCAUCUGUCUCUUCAACACUUCAACCCAACCAUGCCUGUCUUUUCAUCUUUCUGUCCUCAUUCUCUCCAUCAACACAAGGCAGGCCCCCACCCACCCACCCGUAAACAUCCUUUCUCCUCCCAGAGAAAUCCAUCUAAGCAAAAUUAUUGCUGACAAAUACAAUCUCUCUCCAUCACUGUCUAAUCUUUUUAUGCCAUCAAACCUCUUCCUGUGUCCUCACAAACUCCCCCGGUAUGAACUGUUAGAUUUUCCCACAAUGCACCAUCACAAAACAUGCAACACUCAUGCAAAAUAGCAUUCCCACCUGUGCUACCAAGCUGAGGGGCUCCAGUAUACAUAUAUAAAUAUAUAUAUAUAAAUAUAUAUAGAAUUAUAUAGCAUUCUUUUUACUUGACAGAAAAUGUUUGAUGUGCUGUAAAUACACUCUCUGUCCUGUUUCUACCUUCUGUCUUCUUCUCUCUGCAGCUCCCUCUCUCCUCUCAUACAGUCUGUUACUGCAUUGCAGUUACUUAUAUACUCAAAAAAAUGGCCUGCCUGUUUUUAUUACAUGCGUGAAAAUGCAGAGUUGAAACUAUCAAUUACUGGGGAAAAAAAAAGAAGUAAAAAUAACUAAGAUGUUGAGAUAAAAACUAACCUUAACUGCGAAUAUUUGUAUGAAGAAUGUUUCCUUCUAAUUUUCUUUGCUCUUUAAUUCUUUUUUUUUUCUUUUUGGAAACUUAUGAGAGAUUUUCUCUCAUUGGUGAAUUACUGUCAGUAUUAACGGUUUACAGUGUCUGUCAUUUUGUCAGUCCAGGAGUCCAAAAAGAUUAUUUCCAUCUUGUGCUUUUGAUUUUUGAGGUUUACAGUUUAUAUGUUUUGCUUUCCACCAGUUUCCUCCCUGCUUUGUCAGCCUCUCUGCUCCCAAUCACUGAUUUAUAGGAAAAAAAAAAAAAAAAACAACAACAAAAAAAAUAAAUAAAACAACCUCCUUCAAAAGGAGUUUCUAAAGGUUUCUGAGCAUUUAAUGGAGUUUCUCUGGAGUUCCACUGCCUGGUGCUUGUGCUCGAUGUGGUGUUCCUUCCACUUGGCCCUGCUGAAGCCAACUCUCACCUCCUCCAUCCCCCUCCCCCUGCAGCACACUGCUCGUCUUGGUGAGGCCACCUGGCACGAUAUUUGUUAAUUAGUGACAUCAUGAGUUUCAUUUGCUGCAUUGGGACGGGGAAAUGCUUUCUUAUUUUUCUAAACAGGACUGCCUACAUGCAUUAAACACAAACUCCUUGGCAGAAAAAAAGUCAUUCAGUUGUUUUGUGUGUUAUUUUGAGCAGGACUUAGCACAAGCUUAGCAAGAGGUUCCCAUAAAUGAACGGUAUUUUAUUGAGGUUGGGAUUUUGCCUUGGCAGUGGCAAGCUCCACUUGGCUCAGUCAUGGAAAUUGAUUGCAAUCAAACUAAGAGGCUCCGGGCUGCAGAUUGUACACAAGCCAGGGUUCAGUUUGGUGGGCAGGGAGCCGAGCUGGAGUCUGGGCUUCACAAACGCUGAAGAAAGUCAUUCAAGAACUUAAAUAUCCUCUUCUCCUUUUCUCCCUCCUCUCCUCUCCAUUUGUUUUCAGACUUUAAUCAAUCAACCUGUCUGCGUCCUGAUCCACCUUCACCCCAUGUCCUCCUUUCAUCACUCCUUCCCCCUCCAUCUCCGAUCGAUGUCCGACUCUCCUUGCUGGUCUUUGUCUCAUUCAGAGGCCCAUGUAGACGUACAGUAGAAGUAGCGUCUCUAGAUGUGUGCUGAUGGCAUUGUGGGAGUGUUUCGGAGAUGAAUCCAUUUGCUGUUGUCAGUCUACCCAUAGACAGUGGUGUCUGUGAUAGUGUUUGCUCACCUAUAUUGGAAAUGUUCAGGGAUUAUGUUUUCCAUACCCUUCCCCACAUUGUCAUAUCUAAGCUGGCCGCUUUGAAAGAAAGUAGCUGAACUAGUAGGUUUUUAAGCUAGCUAUACUAUACCGGGUAACAGGACCUGAAGCAGGGUCAGCUGUUGUUUUUCCUUCCAAGAGCUGUCAGCUGGAAUAUUUGCUGGUUAAUGUGAUGCUGAUAAUGAUUUUAAUAGUGUUUGGAUUCUUUCAGAGUGUUUGGGUGUGUGGGGCGGUGCAGCAGCAAGGUGGUUCGAACUUUUACUGCAUAAUAAAAUGGCUCGAAAUCAAACCUGCCGGUCAGCUGAGGCCUUUCUGUGUGGAGUUUGCAUGUUCUCCUCCGGGUGCUUCUUCCGCAAGUCCAAAGACAUGCACAUUGGGUUACCAGGUGAUCCGUGGCCGGAGGUUUGUGUGCAUCUAGACAUGCUUGUCUGUCAUUUUGUGUUAGCUCUGUAAAGGUAUGGUGGCCUCUCCAGGGUGCACACCACCUCUCAGUCUGUGACAGCUGCAUCUCAUCCACGACCUUUUACAGGAUAAAGCAAGUACAGUUGAUAUAUUGGUUUAAUGUUUAAAGAAUUCAUAACACUGUUGAUGUCACUCCUCAGCUUUUCACUGCUAUCAUGUCUGCAGACCAGAGGUUCGGCUUUGUCUCUCAGAGCUGGCUGUACACUUUGAAGAUGUUAGCAUUGAACUGUAUUUAGCCUCAAUCUAACUCUACUCUUUAAAAAGAGAAAGAAAUACCUGCCUCAUACUCAAAGUGUAGUGUCUUAAAAACUAAUGGACCUGUAUUUGCUUGUAAUUUAUUGUCCUGUCCUUCGUCUUAGUUAAUGUGCUAGCAUGUAGCUUGCAUGAGAAACAGUUGGAAACUGUAGAUACUGUUGGAGAUAAGAAGCGCAGACUGGCUUCUCUCCAGAAACAAGAGCGGCGGUCUGCCUGCCGGACCUCUCUGCUGUCCUCUGAUCUGCAAACACAGCCCGUGCCCCAGUUAAAUCCGUCUGUACCUCCUCAGCACUGCAGGCGACUCAUGAAGUAGGACUCAUUCUGCUUUUUACUCCACCGCUUCUACAUGAACAUCACGUUGGGGUAUCGUUGUGUUGAACUGGGACAUGCAGUUAGUCAUUUUUAUUGCUCAUGAAGUGCAGUAUUGACCAGCUGGCACCAGAUGCCGGCAAUAAACAGCUUUUCUUCUCCCUCUUCAGUUAGUUCGAGCUGUACUGCCCCUCCACCUGACUCACCAACUUCUCUUCAUUCAGUUGCACACUAGCUGCCGCUCAUGUCUUUUCCUUUCGUAGGAUGAACAAAUCGACUUUUAAAUUGUUUUUUUUUUCUUAAGGUGUGCAUAAUCUUCAAGGUGUUUCUUUCAGUUAAACUGAUAAUUUGCUUUUUCUUAUAAUUAGAUUCUCCAAAACUUGAAUGUUAGGAAUUUUUUUUUUUUUUUUUUUUUUUUGCCUAUUUUAUUGUUUCAACAACCAUUUUUAUAUAUUUUCAUGUAUAUAGUGUUGCCUUUACUGGAAACUCUUACAUGCGCACCCAUACACGCUUUGCACACACGCUUUGGGGUACAUACACAUCCACACACAUAUCUGGAUAUGCACGUCCGGCAUGACGCCUGUCGCAGUUGUGUAUUUGAACAUAUGUGUGUGUAUGUGUGUUUGUGUAUGAGUGUGAGGUGUGUAUUAAAUGACCCAAACAAACUCCGGAGACACUCUUAAUAUGUGUUGCAUUCACAAAAGUGUUUUUAUUUUGAUGACUAAAAUAUUUCUUAUGUUUUUUUUUUUGUUUGUUUUUUUUUUUCCUUUUUGGGGGUUGAAAAGUCUUCCUUUUGAUUAAAUAUCCAUAUCACCUGGGAAUAGUGCUGUCAUGUAUGUUAAUUUGUACAACGGUGGAUGAUGUCAUCAAUACGACCACCAGGCCACUGGCUGUGGUGAGUUUCGUGUCUGUUGGCUGUUACGCUCAUUAAGUAUUUGCUUUUUGUUUUCUCUGGUUCUUUUGUUAGAAUACAGUUCAGUUGUUGACUUCAAUAAACAUGCAUUUGGGUUAAUUUCA